AUGAAGGGUUGCUCCACUUCUGAACUGGCAAAUAGGUUCGCUCAGGAUGCCACCACAGUGCAGAGAGCUGCGAUAGGAGCAUUGCAACCUGUGAUUGGCUUAUUGAGUUCAUGUUGCACCGAAAGCCAAAGGGAAGUAACAUUACUAUUGGGACAAUUUGCUUCAGCCGAUUCUGACUGCAAGGUGCAAAUUGUGCAAAGGGGUGCAUUGCGACCUCUAAAUGAGAUGCUUCAAUCAUCAUAUGUUCAACUAAAGAAGAUGUCUGCAUUUGGACUUGGAAGAUUGGCACAGGACUUGCACAACCAUGCUAAGAAUCAGGAUAAUGUUGUCAUCAUGAGGGGCGCUGGGAUGAACGUAUUCGCAUUUUGCCACCAGGAUAAUGUUGCUGAUUUUGUCAAAUUAGAAGGUGUUCAGCGACUACAAAAUGAUGAAUCCAUUGUCCAGCAACAUGAUGGUUCUCUUGCUUUUUACAAAAAGAACAUUAGCGGAAAUCUAAGGGCUCUACGGCGGCUCAAAAUGGCCUGCGAGAGAACCAAGAGGACUCUCUCCUCCAUCGUGCAGACCACCCUCGAUAUUGACUCCCUAUUCGAGGGCAUCGACUUCUAUCUCACAAUCACCUGA